CCUGUCUACUUGGAUCCACGUGCAGAUAUUGAAGACCGUGUCGAAGAUCUUUUGGGACGUAUGACUUUGGAAGAAAAGAUGUAUCAAUUAAUGCAAGGCAACAUCGAAAACAUGAUUGACUCUGAUAUGCAGCUCAAUGCAACUACACUCAGGCCGUGGGGAACCACUUUUGCUGCAAAUAUCGCCCGUGAGCCAUUGGUCCGCUUGGUCAAUGAAACCCAAUCAUGGAUGAUCAACGAUAAUCGUCUUGGUAUCCCAACGAUCAUGCAGUCAGAAGGUGUCCAUGGAUAUAUCGAUAUAAAUGCUACCAUCUUUGCAACGGGCAUGGGAAUGGCUUGCUCGUUCAAUACCGAACUCAUGCACAAGGUGGGCGAUAUCGUAGGCACCGAAGCCGCAGGCAUCGGUAUCCACAACAUCUUUGCCCCUGUACUUGAUCUUGCAAGAGAACCUCGCUUUGGAAGAAUUGAAGAAGGCUAUGGUGAAGACACACAUUUGACCGGUGAAAUGGGCAAAGCCUAUGUCGAAGGUUUGCAAGGCGAGCCACGUCCUGGUACACCUAAAACUGCAAAGCACCGCAUUGCCGCAAUGGUGAAGCAUUUUGUUGGUUUCGGCCCAUCUAUGGGUGGUCUUAACCUUGCCCCUGUUGUCGGUGGUGAACGAGACAUGCGAACCAUCUAUCUUCCCUCCUUCAAGCGAGCCAUCAUGGAUGGUGGAGCAUUAUCUAUCAUGACCGCUUACCAUGCAUACGAUGGUAUCCCCUCAGCGAUCGACAAACAUCUUAACACUGAGGUCUUGCGUGACGAAUGGGGCUUCAGCGGUUUUGUUUCGUCUGACUCUGGAGCUAUUGCCAAUUUGUGUGAUUUGCACUUUGUCUGCGACGGUUCCAUCCUUGAUCCUCAAGCCGCCAUUCUUGCACUGAAUGCCGGUAACGAUAUUGAGAUGGGUGGUCGACCUAUGCAUUUUCAAAACAUCGUUGAGCAAGUGGAGAAGGGCAACCUCAAUAUUGAUGUCGUCGAUGAAUCCGUCCGCCGCACCUUGCGUGUCAAGUUCUUGCUCGGCUUGUUUGAAGUUCCCUAUGGUUCGGCCGACUACGCUGACAACAUUCAUACUGAUGAGCAUGUUGAUAUUGCCCAACAAAUGGAUGAAGAAUCGAUUGUCCUUCUCGAGAACGAUGGUACACUUCCACUUGAAGAAGACUCCCUCGAUUCGGUUGCCAUCAUUGGUCCUCAAGCUGCUGUCAUGCAAUACGGUGUCUAUGUUCCUCACGGCGUUUUCGAGCGCGGUGUGACUCCUUUGGACGGUAUCAACAGCCUUGUCGGCGAUAAGGUCGAAGUCAACUAUGCUGAAGGUUGCAAACUCUGGUCACUUGAUGAAAGCGGCUUUGAAGAGGCCGUGGAAGCUGCAGAGAAAUCUGAUGUCGCUGUCGUAAUGGUCGGCACAUGGACCCGCGAUCAACUUGAGCUCUGGCAAGGCUUCAAUGCCACAACUGGUGAACACGUCGAUCAGAAUGACUUGGGUCUUGUCGGCGCUCAAAUGAACCUUGUCAAAGCCAUCCAAGCAACUGGAAAACCUACUGUCGUCGUCUUCAUAACUGGUAAACCCACAGCUGAGCCAUGGAUCAAAGAAAAUGUCAAUGCGAUUGUCAACGCCUUCUACCUCGGAGAAACUGGCGGCACUGCUCUUGCCAAUGUUCUAUUUGGAAAGGUUAACCCAAGUGGUAAACUCUCUGUUUCAUUCCCAACUUACGUCGGAAGCUUGCCUGCCUACUACAACUUCCCCAAGAGUGGCCGACCUAUCAACCCUGGCAUGAUCCAUGAGAACGGUACCAUGCAAUUUGGCUGGCAAUACACUUUGGGCACACCUGAGCCACUCUGGUACUUUGGUCACGGUAAAUCAUAUACUACCUUUGAAUACAAGAGCAUGGAGCUAUCCAAGUCCAAGAUUCGUCAGAACGAAAAGAAAGACAUCAUUGUUACUGUUGAGAACACUGGCGACCGUGACGGAAAGGAAAUCGUUCAGGUUUAUGUCGACGAUGUGAUUGCAACUGUCGUUGUGCCAAACAAGUCCCUUCGCGGCUUUGCCAAGGUUGAUAUCCCCGCUGGUGAAACAAGAACAGUCGAUAUACCCAUUAGACUUGAAGAAUUGGAAGUCUGGACCAUGGAAAACAAAUUUGUUCUUGAGAAGGGCGACUUUGUUCUGUAUGUUGGUGGAAGCUAUGCUGAGCCUAGCUUGAAUGCGACAUUGACUGUUGUCUAA